UGGGCUAGCCAGUAACAGCUGGUAGCUAGAGGAACAGUAACACUGGUUUCAUUUAAUGUAUGGUGCCCUGGCAUAGUGGAGCUUUAGUCAAGGUGGCUGGCCGUAACUGUCCGUAUGCCAUACAUGUUAGGAAUUUUAAUUUUGUUCACUUCAUGGUUAAAACAUGUUCAAAUAGCAACAAUAUUUGUUAGCGGAGCGGCUAAUUUGGGAACACUGACUUCUACAGGCCAAAGACAAUCCAGCGGUUUUCCUGAUUUUCAAAGCGCCGGUGGAGACUCUGUUUGGGGCUGAAGUGCCACCCAUCAACCCGCCACUGUGAACCUGGAAGAGCAACGCCGCCUUGUGACUAGCAUCCAACAUGACAGGUGGGCAACACCAAACUAUUGUGCACCUGUCACAAGACAUAAUUGGGGCCCUGCAAAAGUUAAAUGUAGGACAAUGCAGAAGAAGUGGACUGCUGAGGAAAUUAAAACUUUUUAUAUAAACCAAAUCCUCAACUCCUCACUGCUGAUUGUGAAAAUGUGAGAGAAACUUUGCAUCAGUGUUCCAGAUGGCCACAUUCCUUGAACUUCAAGACUGAACGGCUGUCCCACACUGCCCCUCUCUCCCUGCCUCCCUCCACCCUCCUCUCUCUGUGGUGGAUAGUGAGGUCCAUUGUGUCAGUGAGAUGUUUAUUAAUGAGAGAGGCGCACACCGAGAGCAGAGCUGCUAUUGAAGGACUAAUCGCUAAUCUCUUCGUUAAUACGGUCAAUCUGUCUAUGUACUAACAGAAAUUUCUCAGAAGCCUCAAGACAGGGACAUACGAGUUGGCGUUCAGCAGGGACUCUUAGCGAAUUAGUGAGUUUGAUCGAGUGUGAAACUUUGCACAGAAGUUGGAGUUGGCUUUUCCGUUCAGGCUUUAAUGUAUGUGUGCACGUGUUUUUGGCGGCUGGGCAGUUGUGGAUGCAUGUGAGUGAGUUUAGCUUUUCCGCCAAGGAAUUGUUUAACUGAGUUUUGUAAUCCUACUUUUUAAAAGGUAAAAAAAAAUUUUACCAAAGAAUUUGAGAUUUCUAGAGACUUCUAGUGUCUAAUGUUUUUGGGUUUGGUUAGGAGGUUUUCUGUGUCUGUGAAAGGAGUAGUGUGUGUUUGAGUGUGUGUGUGUGUUUUUGGGCUGUUGUGUGUUGUUUGCCUGCCAUGCCCUUGCCUGCGCCUGAUGUCCCGGCCUCUCAGAGGCUGGCACUGGACUGUCGUACCCUUCUGGAUCAUCGCAUUGGAAAGGGGGUUUGUGGUUGUUGCGGGGCUCUCAGGCCUCGGUACAAGAGACUGGUAGACAACAUCUUCCCAGAAGACCCAGAGGAUGGGCUGGUGAAGGCCAACAUGGAGAAGCUGACAUUCUACGCCCUGUCAGCUCCAGAGAAGCUCGACCGUAUCGGAGCCUACCUCUCUGAGAGAUUGUCAAGGGAUGUGGCCAGACACAGAUACGGGUAUGUGUGCAUUGCCAUGGAAGCCCUGGACCAGCUGCUGAUGGCCUGCCACUGUCAGAGCAUCAACCUGUUUGUGGAGAGUUUCCUCAAGAUGGUGCGCAAACUGCUGGAGUCAGACAAACCAAACCUGCAGAUCCUAGGAACCAACUCUUUUGUGAAGUUUGCCAACAUAGAAGAGGAUACACCGUCGUACCACCGCAGUUAUGACUUCUUUGUGUCGCGCUUCAGUGAGAUGUGCCACUCCAGCUACGAGGACCCUGACAUCCGCACCAAGAUCCGCAUGGCAGGUAUCAAGGGCCUGCAGGGUGUGGUGAGGAAGACUGUGAACGAUGAGCUGCAGGCCAACAUCUGGGACCCUCAGCACAUGGACAAGAUCGUCCCCUCUCUGCUUUUCAACCUGCAGAGUGGUGAGCGCACAGAAAGUUUUGGUCUGGGGAAAAAGAUUUCAGUGAAUUGUGAGGAGCCACUGAGAGACAGGAAGCCACAUGUCCUCCACAUCAGCAGCUGGCAAGAUGAAAGAGUUAGCCGCUCCCCCUCUCCGCUGCAGGCAUCGGAGAAGGAGAAGGAAAGCCCAGUGGAGCUGACAGAGCGCUGCUUCAGGGAGCUCCUGGGACGAGCUGCCUAUGGCAACAUCAAGAAUGCAGUCACACCCGUGCUGAUGCACUUAGAUAACCACUCUCUAUGGGAGGGGAAGACCUUUGCAGUGCGUUGCUUCAAAAUCAUCAUGUACUCCAUUCAGUCGCAGCACUCUCACUUGGUAAUCCAGCAGCUUCUCGGCCACCUGGAUGCCAACAGCAAGAAUUCAGCCACAGUGCGAGCUGGGAUAGUGGAAGUCUUGCUGGAGGCAGCUGCCAUCGCUGCCAGCGGCUCUGUAGGCCCCACAGUGUUGGAGGUGUUUAACACCCUGCUGCGGCAGCUCCGUCUGAGCGUGGACUACGAGUUGACUGGAUCCUACGAUGGCAGCACCAACAUCGGCACCAAGAUCAUCAAAGCACAUGAGGAGAGGCAGCUGCAGGAGGCUGUCAUCAGGACCAUCGGUUCAUUUGCCAACACUCUACCAACAUACCAGAGGUCAGAGGUCAUGCUCUUUAUCAUGGGCAAGAUCCCUGUCCCUGGGGUUCACCCGGCUCUGCCCUCCACAGGCUCUGGGCCUGAGGGUACCAGGAUGAUUCAGGUCAUGUUGCUUAAGUCCUUGGUGCAGGUGACUGCAGGUUUCCAGACCACCAACAUGCUGACAGCGCUGCCCAGCUCUUUCCUGGAGCCGCUGCUGUCCUUCUCCCUAACAGAGGAUCCAGAGGUUCGGCUGCUGGUGCUCCAAAUCCUUCUCAGUCUCAUCGACAGGCACGAAAACACGCCCAAGUUCUCAAACAUAAGCAUCAUCUCUGACAUCUCUGUGCUUAAGCUCAAAGUCGAUAAGUGUUCCAGACAGGACAACUUAUUCAUGAAAAAGCAUAGCCAGCAGCUGUACCGACACAUCUAUCUGGGCUGUAAGGAGCAGAGCAGCGGUCGGCAGCACUACGAGACCCUCUUCGCUCUGUUGGGUCUUCUCAGUGUGGAGCUGGCCAACGAAGAAGUGGUGGUGGACCUCAUUCGCCUGGCACUCGCCUUGCAGGACUUGGCUCUGUCCACAGAUGAGGCUCUACCUGUUUAUAACCGCUGUGCUGUUCAUGCCCUCGCCGCCGCCUACCUCAACCUCAUCUGCCAGCUCACCACCGUCCCAGCCUUCUGCCAGCACAUACACGAGGUAAUUGAGGUGAGACAGAAAGAAAGUCCCCACCUUUUGCCCGAGGAUGUUUUCAUUGAUAAUCCCAAGCUGCCCUCUUCACUGGAGAAGGUAGAAGGAAAUGUUUUGUUCCUCCAGUCAAAGAUCACCGAGGUGCUUGGAGGCAGUGGAUAUAACACAGAGAGACUUGCUACGCCUUAUGUCCCCCAGUAUACUGAUGAGGACCGUCUCUCCAAGAGAAAGAGUAUUGGGGAGACAAUCUCACUGCAGGUGGAGGUGGAGUCCCGCAACAGUCCAGAGAAAGAGGAGAGGACACCAGCAGAGGAGAUCACAUUUGAAACCCUGAAAAAUGCCAUUGUGGACAGUGUGGGUAUGGAGGAGCAGGAGAGGGAGCGGAGGAGACAAGUGGUGGAGAAGUUUCAGAAGGCCCCGUUCGAGGAGAUAGCUGCCCACUGUGGCGCCAGGGCCACACUACUGCAGAGCAAACUAAAUCAGAUAUUUGAGAUUACAAUCCGACCCCCGCCCAGCCCUUCUGGAACCAUUUCGUCGGGUUAUGGCCAAAGCCAGAGUCGAUCCGUACCCAUCUAUGAGAUGAAGUUUCCUGACCUCUGUGUGUACUAGACCACGUUACAGAACUAAGAGAAACCCACAGUUGUUUGAAGCCAACUAAAGAAGUCUCACUUCUUGAUAAACUUAGCUGUCUGACAUGACAAUUCUUUUACCCUGUGAUGUCAGCCAAAGCAAGUGGGCUAAUGUCAGUAAAUGCAGCAGUAAAACAAACAUUUAAUUUCUCCUUAGAUGUCUGUUGAAACUCCACUGGUUGGAAUUUCAAAUUACAAAUUGCUAAGAACUGCGAGGACAAAUUCAGUGACAGACUGAAAGUUAUUUAAUUGGAUUUAGAAUGAAUUGACUCGUUGCAUGUCCUGUAACUGGACAUACUUGAUGCAGUUCUUAGACAUUCUUUUGACCUGUUUGUCCCCCACGGGGUGCCAUACUACCCUUGAUCACAAAAUUUAAUUGAAUGAUCUUGCUAAUUUCCCAUGUGAUUUUAUAUUUUUUAUUUGUUUUAUUGUUUGUUGAUUUUAUGGCCAGGAAGAGCGAAUGUGAAUUAUAUGCAUUUUAAUUUACUUGACAGUGUAUUUUUGUGUUAUGUUUGAUUGAAAUAUGGAGAUAUGUAUACAAAGCCAUUCAUUCCCAUCACCCAUGUUACUCAGCUCUUGAACAUCUCAUCUUCUGUGUUUUAAUGAUUUACCUUUUUUUUCUUUUUGGUGUUAGCCAAAAGGGUGUUUUCAGUCGUGAUGGGCAUUUAUUUACUACACCUAGUUUUUUUUCUCAAUUAUAAUUUCAAUUUUAGCCGUGGUUUAAAUGAAAGAUAACUUGUCGAUCUGUGUGCUAUCCUUCCAAAGUGAGUGUGCCUUAAAGGUGACUCAAGAUUAAACAUACACAAUAACACUAAACUUCUGAAGAUCUGAAGUGUUUAGCAUAAUGUUUACCAGAUCAAACACUAGAAUAUAAUGAAGGAUCUUUUAUUUUUCUCCUUUCCAUAUAAAUGUGUAUAUACAGAGAAAUAUAUAAAUCUUUAAGCAGAUGUAUAAAGUAGGGGUGUUUUUGUUUGUGUGUGUAUAUAUACAAUGUAUAUUUAUUAAAAUUUUAGACUGCCACUGCACUGACUGUGUCCAUAGAUAAGGGAGAAUGCUACUUAGUUAGUAUUCAGAUUAAUUUGUUAGAAUUGUGCUGUCAAAUAAGUAACAAGCAACAUAUGAAAUCAAAAAGGUGUAUUGACAAUGUCUGAACUGUCCACAGUAGAAAUCAGCAUCAUCUCGAGGCCAGUAAAUCACACUAGUGAAGUCUGAAUGUGUCCUGCUAAAGACUUAAUGAGCCCAUCUGAUAAAUAGGUUUGAGAAAUUACUUUCGACUUCAUUUCUAGCCACAGAUUUUAGCACCACGGUCAUGACCUGCAUUGUUGACAUUUCACCCUCACUCCUGCUGGAAUGAGUUUGCACUCUGUUUUUACACCAUGCUGCUGCUGCUGCAGCCUCCAAGCAGCGUAUUGGUCUCAUUCAGCAAGAUUGAAAGAAGUCUAAAAGCCAUUUUGUGUGCAUGUGUGCACAUAUAUACAAACACACACACACACAGGUAUAAGUAUAAUGGCAAUAAUUUGGCACUAGCCUCGCUAACACGGCCCAACCGUUGGUAGCACAUCCUUUUUGUGUGUUUUUAAAUUGUACCUUCUGUUGGUGUGGUGCUGUGAUUGCUCAGUUUUGUGACGUGAGAGUUGCUGCGCUUCUGUGAAUUUAACUGCAUCGGGCGUGAAACGUGUUGCAGCCACCAUCUUGUUUAAUGUAAAGGACAGUGUCCGGUUUAUCCCUGAUUGUCAUGUGUUACAGCCCAGUUGGUUGCUUUAUAUUGUAUGUAUAUUUAUGUCCACACAUGCCAGUGUAUCAUCAUGUUUGUUCAUGUUUACCCUUUUUGUCUGUGCAGGUGCGUGAGUGUAUUCAUUCAUGUGUCUAUAUGAACAUUCAUGCAGAUGUGUGUGUGUCUUUAUCGUCAUUUACCAAGACCAAUCUCUUCAAACAGUUUACAGAUUUUGUGCAGUGACUCUUUCCACCACGUUUAUAAAGAGCUAUCUAAGAGCAAUGUGCAGCUGUCGAAAACUUCCAGUGACACCUUAUAAAAUUGUCUUUUCAGCAUCUUGCAACUUUGCGGUGAAGACCUGUAAAACUACCAGUGUGCUUGUUGUCAUUGCAUCGUGUAAUAUUAACUGACGGUAAUCCAAUCUUACUUUUGUCAUUACAUGUCUGAUUUAAUAGAUCUGUUUACAAUGUAGUGCUGUAGGUCAAAUCUAUUCAUUCUGUGAACUUUGCACUUUACAAACUGGAUUACCUAGUGACAAAGGCAGCUUUUACAUGGAGAAAAUGCCUUAUGAGUGUCAUACCGGACUUUGCAUGCUAGUGAUGUUGUAUUGUACAAUAAAUUUGUCAGUAACCAUAAAA